UCAGAAAAAAAAAAUUCUACACAAACAAAGUCACUCGUGGAUAAGUACCAAGCUUUUUCAAAGGCUAGAUUUAGUUUAUUAGAGCCUUUAUUGCCAGACGUGGGGACAAUGGGCUUGAAUAAAAUCUACAAUCGGGCUCACACCUUGUUAACGCCGCCAUUAGUCUCCCUUUACAUUCGCUGAUUGGUGAUUUACAUUUGCGACCAAAUAGCAUUUUUACUGCUGUUUGCCAAGGCUUUGAGGGCACUGAAGAGUGAACGGGAGCCUUUGUAAAUAAAAAGUCGAGCUUCAAGGACCCUGCAGUCACUCCAACUUCAAGUUGCUGGCCAUUUGACUGGCUCAGGACACCCGGGAUCUAUCUGCUCAAGCUUGGAGAUGUUGAUGUUUGUGAUCAGCUUUGCCACUUUAGUGUGCGCCGCCGCUGCACGGCCUUCACUUCAUUUCACCGCCGAGAACGAGUCAAAGGAAGUCCGUUCAGCUGCCAUCAAGAGACUUUUGGAGGUUUUUGGGAUGGAGGACCCUCCUGCUAUCCAUGGACACAAGCAGCCACCACAGUACAUGCUUGAUCUGUACAACACGGUUGCUGAUGUGGACGGUGUGACUAAGGACCCUUAUCUUCUGGAGGGGAAUACUGUGCGCAGCUUUUUUGACAAAUUGCGCAGUGAACAGGUGGAGUUCAGGUUCAACUUGUCCACGGUUGCCAGAACUGAGAAGAUUCUCACUGCAGAGCUCCAUCUUUUCAAGCUGCGACCUCAGGCAACACUGACAUUCCACAGACAUCAUUUCUGCCAGGUUAGUGUUUAUCAGCUGCUUGACACAAGCAAAACCAACAAUACACAAGAGAAGAAGUUGCUGUCUUCUCGCCUCAUCCCAGUUCACUCUACUGGUUGGGAAGUGUUCACCAUUACACAAGCAGUCCGCUCUUGGAUGGUAGAUGAAGGCAGUAACCUGGGGCUCCAUGUGGUGGUUCGGACCCUGGGAGGAAGUCAGAUGGAUAUGAAACUGAUCCGUUUUGCUUCAGGGCGCAACCACCACCAGAGCAAACAGCCCAUGUUGGUCCUCUUCACUGACGAUGGCCGCCGCUCUGCUACUCUUGAAAGCACAGACCCAAAUGAUGCAACAAUCACUUCCAGCCUGCCACAGGCUUCCAUAUCAGGUCCGUCCUCCCGCAGCGCCCGCUCCCUGGACAGCGGGGAGGAAGGUGUGUCUUUGCCUUGCCAGCGUCUGCCCCUCUACGUCGACUUUGAGGAGAUUGGCUGGUCGGGCUGGAUUGUGUCUCCCAAGGGCUACAACGCUUACCACUGCAAAGGCUCCUGCCCCUUCCCUCUGGGUCAGAACAUGAGGCCGACCAACCACGCUACCGUCCAGUCCAUCAUUAACGCCCUGAAGCUGAUCAAAGGCAUUCAGACGCCGUGCUGCAUCCCCGACAAGCUCUUCUCCAUCAACUUGCUCUACUUCGACGAUGAUGAGAAUGUCGUCCUGAAACAGUAUAAUGACAUGGUGGCUGGAAGCUGUGGCUGCCACUGACAUCAACCAGCCACUGGUGUUGGGCUGCACAGACAUUCAUAAAUAUUUUAAUGUAAAUCUGGGUUUUGGUACACAGAAGUGAAACUAAUGAGUAAUGUGCAGAGUCCCAUAUGUGGCACUGUAAUAUAUGUAAAUAUCCAUAAAUUAUAAUAUAUGGCAGUGAUGGAAGUAAUAUCC